AUGAGGACUUCACAUCGAGAGCAUGAUCCUCGACCGAACCAUGGUUUGAUAGGCACUCUGACGAAGAGUUGGAAGGAUGAGCAGAAGCAGCUCAAGAGAGGCGCCAGCAGCAAGGGGAAGCACAAGAGCUACAGUGGGGAAUUCACAGCACCUACCUCCUCAGAGGAAUUCAAGGGUUUGCCCGAAAACAGUCCCAACCAUCACGCCAGUGAUCAUCAUGUCAGCACAAGCAAAAUCGUUUUGACUCGCAACAUGCGAAUGCAGGCCAUCAAUUCAGCAGUUAGAAAAGUGGCCUCUGAGGCAGCGGACUCACAGCCACAAUUACAACAAGGAAAGAGUGCCAAGAAAAAGGGGAUGGUGCGCAAUGUGAAGAACAGCGUUCGAAGCAUGUUCCACAAAUCUGGUGAAGAUGAGGGAGGGGACUUAGUGGGAGACGAGACAAAUUGGAAUCUACAAGCAUCCAGUGGUUAUUUUGGGGAGGAUUCGGCUCGUCGAGGGAGAUCUCGGGCCACGCUGGAACAAGAAGCCGAACCAACAGAAGCCGUACAUGGAGACACUCCCAUCGCCAGUCGGCGUCGAACUGGAGCCAGUUCACGAAUGCACAACAAGAGCGAAGGGGUUGUGGAACGAACACGAAGGCGAAAUACCGAACGACGGCAACGAAGGGGAAACAGAGGUUCUAUGUCACCCAUGAGAGGAUCCAGUAUGCGCGCUUCAGCUGGAAGCGACAAUCAUCAUCGUGUAUCUACCGCCACAAAGACUAAUAGGUCGGAACAAAUUACUGUUGGCAGUGACAAAUUCAACAAGCCAGACCAUUUGAACUCUGUGCUGGCAAAUGCACAGGCUGCAAAGGAGACUGUGUCAGCAGCAAAGCGGGAAACUAUGAUGGUUCAGCAGACCUCAGAGUCACGGUUAGUACACGCAGAUCGCAGUCGGUCAACUCAUAGCAGCAGCCAACGACCUCAGUCGCACCACAUGAAAAACUUUGACCUAUCCGCUAGUGCACUGAACGACUUCCCGGGAGUUGCUGCUCUACCGGUACCGCAAUCAAGACAAGAUGAAUUGAAGCACAACAGGUCCACUAGUCUCAUGGAUACGAUGAACGCGGGCAACUCCAACCAAAACAAAGUAGUGAGAUACUCUACUGGUAGCAUCCCAAAUGGUUUGACUUAUGAGGCAGAGCUCAACAAUUCAGCCAAUUCCUUUCCGCCGCCAUCUCCGACCAAAUCACGCUCGUCCCGAGUCAUUGACAAGGGCUCUCGUCAGCGCAGCCGACACAGCAAGAGUCGACACAGCAGUAGUUCCAGAAAGAUCACCAGUGGUCGCCACCAAGAUGAUGCAAUGGGUGGUAGUUUCACUUUCCCUGGAGACGCCGAUGUAAAAAAGAGUUCCAACAAUGACAACAAGAUCUCAUCUUCGUUUCGAAACUUCGUUGAGAAUAAAGGUAAAUCCAAGGGUGCUGCUGAUCGACAUUCCCAUAGCAAGAUCCGAUCAGGGAGUUCCAAAAUGCGCAAUUCCAGCUCUCGUCAGCACCAUGGAGACAGAGUCGAAAUGGCGGAUCGGUCGUCUAAAAGGUCAUCAAAGAGGCGCGAACGCAGCAAAAUGAGUGCCAGUGACCGGACUCACGUUCGAACGUCGUCAAGAUCGGUUGAGGAAGUCGCUUGUAAGAGUAUGCCGUCUGCAUCAGCCAGGGAGAAUACGACAAACACUCGAAAUGGGAGUCAUGGGGUGCUCUUGGCAGAGCAACAACCGAGGCAUGUUAAGAGUGUUCAUGCUCGAUCAUCUAGAAAGGUUGAGCCCGAAUCCGACGGGGAUGAUCGAGAUCACAGCAGAAGAUCAAAAUCCAUGCCUCGAAAAGGGUCUAAACGACUGGUCAAAUCACACGAGAAUGAAGCGACAAACGACACCGAGGCUAAACAACGGUCUUCAUCAGUGGGGAGGCAGAAGCACAAGUCAUCACGUCAACCAAAGUCAACCAAUCAAAAAGAGAGGCAACGACGAAAACUAAAAAAACAAUUGUCUAAGGAGCAUGAUGAUCAGUCAGAGAGUGGAAGUGUCCAGUGGUCUCGUGUUACCAAGGCGUUAGAAGUGAAAAAAGAGUUGGAGAAGACGCUUAAUCCAAAUCACAUUGACAAUGCUGCGGCCUUGCCUGACUUGGUUCCCAUGGCAAAGGAACUCCUGGGAAAGCAGUCCUUGGAAGAAGGCAGCAACCCUGAAGCUCCAACAAAGCUUGAAGAGAGCUUGGAAUUGGCAAAGGAGAUGCAAAGGAAGUUGAACCCGACCAAUCAACUGAAUGCUGCUUUGCCAGUUGAUCACGGCAUGCACGUUGUGAAGGGGCUCUUGGCUCGUGCAACCUCUGAGCCAACAGUGCCAUCAAAUACAUCGGGAGAAACACGCUCCUACCACCCUCGCUCCUCAGAGCCUCUGGCAAAAGAGGAACAGCUGGCGAAAUCCUGUCAUGUAGAAUCUGCUGGGCAGCGGUCCAGUUCUCUUCCUCCUAAACCAGCCAAUGUUAAGGUUCGAUCGUCAUCUUCCACCAAGAAGAAAACAAGAAAGUCAACUAGAGAGAAGAGCAACAAGACUUCCGAGCAGAAGGACCUCAAUGGUUCUCCUGAUGCUAAAGAGGAAUCCAGAGGCAGGAGGAAGAAGAAGGACUCCCAUCGUUCUCCCAGUGUUUCAAAACGUUCUUGCAGUGCAUCUCAGCGGAGCAGUCGGCAACACUCCAGUCAAUACAAGAGAUCGUCCACGGAUGAGAGCAAUCAGUACAAGCGAUCAUCCGCAGACGAGAGCCACCACCGCAGUCGAAAGUCCGGCAACAAGGGCAACUCAAGUCAAUACAAGAGAUCAUGCACAGAUGAGAGCAAUCAGUACAAGCGAUCAUCCACAGACGAGAGUCACCACCGCAGUCGAAAGUCCGGCAGCAAGGGCAGCUCAAGUCAAUACAAGAAAUCGUCCACAGAUGAGAGCAAUCCGUACACGCGAUCGUCCACAGACGAGAGUCAGCGCAGUCGAAAGUCCGGCAGCAAGGCUUCCAUGACCCACAUAGAUAAAAAAUGA